UUGCUGUUGUACUGUGCCUGUGAUUCCAGAUCUACCUAACAGGGCUGUCAAGGAUUAAAGAUCCUGGAGCAAUAACCCAAGCUUUUGGAAGCUUGGACUGGCAGUCACCUGCAGUUUCUUCAGUCAUGAAGAGCUGAGGGACCUGCAGGCCCUGAAGCAUCAGAAGCCUCUCUGCACUGGCCCUGAGGAGAGCUGACUGGAGAGCUGCCCACUGACCCCCCAGAGGCACCCACCUCCUGGUGACUAGGCCAACACUGCCAGGGCCAGGCCAUCUGAACCACCUUCUGUACCAUGGAACCUCCUGGGGAGAAGCCGGGAGACGCUGAGGGGCUGCGCAUCACACCCCAGCUGCUCAAGUCCCGGUCUGGAGAGUUUGCCCUGGAUUCUAUCAUGUUGCUGAAGCUGCGGGGGUUAGGGCUGGUGGACCUGGGCUGUCUGGGCGAGUGUUUGGGUCUUGAGUGGCUUGACCUAUCUGGCAACGCACUCACACAUCUGGGUCCCCUGGCAUCUCUGCGGCAGCUAGCUGUGCUCAACGUCUCCAAUAAUCGGUUGACAGGGCUGGAGCCCCUGGCGGCCUGUGAAAACCUACAGAGCCUCAAUGCUGCUGGGAACCUGCUCUCCAGUCCUGGCCAGUUGCAAUGUCUGACUGGGUUGCAGGGCCUGGAGCACCUGAGGCUCAGUGACCCUUUGGCUAGGCUCAGCAACCCAUUGUGUACUAGCCCCGCCUACUGGGCUGUGGUUCGGGAGCUGCUGCCUCGCCUGAAAGUCAUAGAUGGCCAGCGUGUGAGGGGGCGUGGCAGUGAGCUGUACCAUUUGUGCCGAGACCUGGACAGUAACUUGCGCCCCAGCUCCAGCCCAGGCCCCAGAGUCAUCGAGGCCCAGCCCUGGGUGGAGCCUGGAUAUUGGGAGUCCUGGCCCACCCGGAGCAGCUCCAUUCUGGAGGAGGCCUGCCGGCAGUUCCAGAACACACUGCAGGAAUGCCUGGACCUGGACCAACAGGCCAGUGACAGCUUGGCCCAAGCUGAGCAGGCUCUCAGCCCCACCGGAACCACCUCCUCCUUUGUCUUCUGAGUGGAUGUGCCCCACAGCCCCAGUAGCCAAGCAGCCUGCAAAUUAGGUUGUUCAUUAUCCCUGACUUGAGAACAUCCUCCCUCCCUCAUUUGCCCCACCAGUGUACUUCCCUACCCUCUUCAUACAAGUAGGGACACAUCUGGUUGGCCUCUAGCAGCUACAGGAGUUCUCCACAGGUAUCUGGCAGAUACACUGUGCAGGCAGGCCUGGGCAUACUGAGCAGAGGCACUUUGAGCUGCCCCAGCCUGAGACUUGGUGGCCUCCUGAAGUUUAGUGGCCAAGGCUACUUCCCACCUACCAGCUCUAUUAAAUAGCUCUGUGCUUAUUUACGUCA